AUGCCCCCCAAGGCCGCCGACAAGAAGCCCGCCUCCAAGGCCCCUGCCACCGCCUCCAAGGCUCCCGAGAAGAAGGAUGCUGGCAAGAAGACCGCUGCCUCUGGCGACAAGAAGAAGCGCACCAAGUCUCGCAAGGAGACCUACUCUUCCUACAUCUACAAGGUCUUGAAGCAGGUCCACCCCGACACUGGUAUCUCCAACCGCGCCAUGUCCAUUCUCAACUCUUUCGUCAAUGACAUCUUCGAGCGCGUCGCUUCCGAGGCCUCCAAGCUUGCUGCCUACAACAAGAAGUCCACCAUCUCCUCUCGCGAGAUCCAGACAUCUGUCCGCCUCAUCCUGCCCGGUGAGCUGGCCAAGCACGCUGUCUCGGAAGGCACCAAGGCCGUCACCAAGUACUCUUCUUCCACGAAAUAA